UAAGAGGGGUGUAGAGGAAAAGCACCAGGCACUCUGUUAAGACAGAGACUCAGGACAGAUCUCUUAAAGCCAGUUUUGGAACUGAUGGAGCAGCUUGGAUGUCACCUUCACUAAAGGUAAACAUGCAUUUAUAUUAAUUACAAAUGUGUUUGUUUUUUUAAUUAUUACCUUAAAUUAGAAUAUUUAAUCAAACCCUAAUCUUAGCCCAAAGAGAUGAGCAAGCUUGUGAGUUAAGAAAGGUGAGACAUUCUUGUUUAUCAAAUAGACACAUAACCUCAAAAAACCUGGCACAUAAAAUGUUUUUUUUUACUAUAAUACAGCAUCUAAUGCUUACAACUGUGUGUGUUGUCUGUCUGGUCCUUCCAGCUCCUUAACCCGCAAUUGAUGUAAAUGACAUGUGUUCAUCUCAGCACGUUAAGAUUCAAUGUCAGGGGCUCCUUUAGCGACGCAGCUUUUUAGGCUGUGAACCUGAAGGCGUGUUUCACAGAUCUCCAAAAUGGACAACAUCACAGCCGACUCUAACGUGGGACUCAAUCUCACGUGUAACAUGACCGGGCAGCACGAUUUCAUCUUCACCUUCAUCCCAGUAGUCUACAGCUGCAACUUUAUCAUCGGAAUCGUAGGCAACAGCCUGGUAGUCGCUGUCAUCUACUUCAGCCUGAAGCUGAAGACAGUAGCUAACAUAUUUGUUUUGAACUUAGCCGUAUCAGACUUGACUUUCCUCCUCACCCUGCCCAUAUGGGCCAUAUACACUGCAACAGGCUACGAGUGGCUCUUUGGAGACUUCCUAUGUAAAGCCAUUGCUGGUAUGGCCCUGCUUAAUCUAUAUACUAGUAUUUUUCUCCUCACUGCUCUCAGCAUUGACCGGUAUCUGGCCAUCGUUCACCCCGUCAAGUCCCGCCGAUGCCGCACAGUGGCGUACGCCCGCGUGACCUGCGUCUUGGUUUGGGUAGUGGCUUUCCUUUUAAGCCUUCCCACAGCCGUUAUCCGUGGGACCCAUUUUAUCCAGCAUAACAAUGUCACUGUAUGCGCCAUUCUAGAAGAAAAAGAUCUUCGCAACGUGCUGGCGGCUCUCAGUCUGGUGAAGAGCGUUCUUGGGUUCCUUCUGCCCAUCAGCAUCAUCCUCACGUGCUACUGCCUGAUUGGCCGGUCUCUGCUGAAAGCACGGGACAUACAGAGGAACUCGAGGUCGAACGGGGAUGAGGUGUUGAGCAUGCUGGCCGCCGCGGUGCUGUCGUUUUUCCUUUGCUGGACGCCGUAUCAGAUCUUCAACUUCAUGAACAUGCUUGGUAUGCUGAAAGUCAUCACCAACUGCGAUGCCAUUGAGAUCAUUGACACCGUAAUGCCGUUUACCAUUUGUAUUGCCUUUUUCAACAGCUGUAUGAACCCAAUUCUGUACGGUUUCGUUGGGAAGAACUUCCGCAGGAACUUGCUCAAGCUCUUGAGGUGCACCUCGACUUCUGUGGCCUCUCACCCCACCCUUAGCACCAAGAUGAGCUCUCUCUCGUAUCAGGAGUCGUUACACCUCUCCGUCAAUAAAAUGUCCUCAAUACCUCAAGCCACAUGAGAAAAACAGGAAAUGAAUGAAUCUCCGAUGAAUCAUCUUUCUGAACUCGCUGAUUCAAUUCAGAAGAUGAGUCUUGCUUGUUGUGUUAUUGCUUUAUACUGGAAUGGAAACUAAAUAUAGCGACUUAUCUUUUUGUCUUUGUCUUUUGUAUUAGGUGUAAAUAUAGCAUUAUCGACAUGCUGGUAUGUGUAACUUUGAUGCAAGAACAUUAUAUAUAUACCACUGUUAUAUAUAUAUAUAUUGUGUUAAGUUAGUUUUUCACCUUCCUCACAUUUCCACCAAAGGACAAAAUCAUGCUGAAAAUACUAAAUAUAUUUUAUAUAAUAUUUUAACCAUCUAAGCUGUUAUAGUGGCAUUUGUGCAAUUUAAAUGCUGUAUUUUCGACCAGUGUGAUGCAUGAAUGAAAUCAAAAUCUAUCGUUCUAAACUUUUACAGUGGUAUUUUUACUGUUCCUAUGUCUCAUAGCGCCACUGGGUAGGCCAGGAGUUUACAAACAUUUUUAUGUCAAAUAUACCCCCAAAUAUGAAUGUCAUUAACAAUAAGUUUUUAUAAACUGCAUUUUUUUGUAAUUUUGUAAUAUAUAUUAUUGACAGCCAUGCUUUUCUUAUUCGUUUAUUAAUUCACUAUCACAGUCUCAUGAUUUCUGACCUGACUUUAGAAAGCAAAGUGAAUAGUGUAAUGUUCUUUAGUUUUAUUUAUUUAAAUUAAUUUACUUGACCUUUUUUCCUCCCCUAGCACUCCCUGUUUGGAUCCCAGUUUGAAAACUCCCGGAUUAAACUAAACCAUAACAAGAAUAUAGCAUAAUAACAAGAUAUUUUUACAUACUGCCUGUGCGAGCGUGGUCAAUACUCUUUAGCCUUGAUAUGAAUUAUCACCUGAUGAAUAUUUUAUUUUUCUUAUACCGCUGUUGUCGUACUUCGAGCAGGAUCUAAUGGUCGGUAAAACUGUUUUGUUUUGGGGUUUUUUCCUGAGAAAUUGUAUUUUGCAUCAUGCUGUUCUAUAUAAUGUACUUGAGUCUGAAAAUGUAUGUUAACAGGAAAACAUAAAAUAAAUAAAUCUAUUAGAGUACCCCCAG